GGGGAACUUCAUGUUUCCUGCUGCUGACGCCUUCGCCUCGCCGCCGGAUGCAACUGAAGGUGCGCACUAUCCUAAACCUCGUCCAUUGCGCUCUGUGACUUCUGCUGGGAAAGAGACUUUCUAUCUUUCCAGCGAGGAGUCAGUAGGGUCUUCGAAUGGCGAGUUAAGUUCGUUGCCUAAAAUCUUUGCAGGUGUGUUGCGCGAUCUGGGGGUUGACCCAGAGGAGAAGAAGAAGAAACCUUCGAAGAAGAAAAAGAAGGCGGAUGUUGAAGUGACCAGCAAGGGUCCUGGCGCCAGUCGCGCAACUACUGCUGCUGUCAAAGGUACGCUUCGCCUCCGGCAACGUGACUUAGACGAUUACGUGAUAAUCAGUGACUCUUAUGAAGGUUUAUCAUAUGCAGCUAUGGGAAAGACUGGCGCUGGUGGGUCAAAGGGCUCUGGGAGCGCGGGUUCUCGUAACCCGGAUGCUGACGCAACUCCAUCUCAACCUGAGGAUGAAGAAGAAGAGGAAGAAGAGACUGCCCCGUUGAUUGGAAGAAAGAGGGGUAGAAGCGAGGCGACAACUGGUAUGGCCUCUGCGCCUGUUUCAGUUGUUAUUCCCGUUGUUGGGAAGAAGAGCAAGUUGCGCUCGUUAUACCAGUUUUCUCCUGGUAUGCUCUUAUCUCCCUUCUUUAUAAUUUAACCUCUUUUUUGCUCAAGUGCGUUUGCUUUAUUCUUGUAGAGAUCAAGAAGAAGACCCCUGAAAAGGGGGUUAAGUUUGUUGAACCCAGCACGAAAAGACCUAAGGUUGCCACUGAACCUUCCGAUUCUGCUGCGCGUGAUGCUGCGAAAACUGCUGAAGCGCAGCGAAAGGCAGAAGAGGAUCGGAGGAAAGAAGAGAGUAGGAUUGCUGCGCAGAAGAAGGCUGAAGAGUUAAAGCGCAAAGAAGAGGAAGAGAAAAAGAGGAAGGAGGAGGAGGAGAGAAAGCUGGAGGCGGAGAGGAAGAGGAAAGCGGAAGAGGAGAGAAAGCUGAGGGAGGAGGCGGAUAGGCAGAGGAAGGCGGAAGAGGCGAGGAAAGAAAGAGCUGCCGAUCAGUCUUCUGUUCAAGGGCAGUCUGGUGUCCCAAAACCUCCCCCUGCUGCGCCGAUUGUUACUUCUAAGGGGUUAGGGCGCUAUGUGUCUAGUGGUGCAAGCUCUGGAGGAGCUGGGGGCUAUAACCCCAAUGUGAUAGGUGCGAAGGAUACCGUCGGGGAUAUAUAUUAUAAAACUUAUACUGAAGAGGAACGUGGUGAUGCUCCUCAUCAAGCCCCUUGGAGCUUAAGGCAGAAGGAUACGUUUGUUGAAUUUGGUCCUUCUCGCGAUUGGUACUUGAACCAAUUCACUCCUGGCGAAGUUAACCGUCAAAAGGCGAAGCCGCAUGAAAUGUUGUACCGCACUUACAUUCUUGCCGAGGCCAACGCUCGAUCUGCUAACCAUCAGAUAGUUCGUGAAUGGCGAACAAUGGUCAGAGAGCGCGCCGACUGGGAGGCUUACCGAGAACGUGUGCUAAAACGUGUUGGUGAAUUUGAGAAGGCUAAGGCCACAUUUGAUGAGGAGAAAGCCAAGUUUGAGGCUGAUAGGAAAGCUGAAGAGUGGGGUCGCGAGGGCCUGCAAAAGAAACUUCAUAAUGUGGAAGAGCAACUGGCCAAGGAGAAGGCCGAGUUCAAGCGCAUCUGCGCCCAGGACAACGAGCGCGCCUAUGCGGCUCGACAAAAAAUUGUUGGUCUUGAGGCUAAGAUAGCGGAGCUGACAUCGAAGGUGGAGGAAGCGCAGGUUGAGACAGCCGCUAAACAACAGAUGGAGGUUGAGUUGUCUGAAGCUAAGGUUCAGCUGUCCACCAAGGACAAAGAUCUCCAGGCCAAGGACGUUGAGAUUGCGGAGCUCAAACGUCGCUUGGAUGAACAAAUCGACAGAUGUGAGUCCCUGGAGAUCGACCUUGAGGCAGAGAAGGUCAAGGCCAUCGAUGCUGAGGAGGCGCGUGCUGUCAGCACUGCGGCGCUUAACGUGGCUCAGACAAAUUAUUCUGAGGCCCAAGGCAUUGUGGACACGCUUGUUUCUGAAGCAGAAUGGAUGCGCACUCGGGGAAUAGUGCUGGUUGCCAAUUCCAUCUUGAACGCCGGCGAGCUAGAUCGCGCUGUUGCUGCUCUUACGGAUGCGGCGCGUGCAGUUGGUCAUCGAGGAGGUUACCUGGAGUGUGCUGAUCACGUUGAGCGAAUGCUGGGACAAGAAUUCGAUACAAGUCAUUGCUCAGUGACGGAACAAGCUGAUGCUGCGCUGGCCAGUGCUGAGAACUCAUAUGACAACCUCUCCUUGCCCAUCAUGGACUUGGUUGUUAGUGCCUUAAAAAAGGAUGAUUGGUGUCAGCGCCUCAAGGCGAUCCUUGAUCCACCGAUUACUGUUGAAUCAUCUGAUGAGGAAGCAGCUGGUGAUGAUGGCGGAGGUGAUGACGAUGGCGACGAUGGUGAGGGGAACGAAGAUGAUGAUGGUGAGAAGAAAGAAGACAAAUAGAGUAGGUUGUUAGUUUGUUGAUAGGCGUUUGUGCCUUUGUUUCUGACUUGAUUGUAAGUGAUGCGCUUUUGCGCAGUUUUAAUGACAAUGAAAUGUCUUCGUUUUUUCUGUUGCAAUUAUUGCAUUGCUGUAAAAACUUAGGUUAAAUUAGCUCGAAUAAAUGGAAGCGUUUUCUAAGCAUAAGGUGGCCACCCGGUCUCGCGCUUUGUUUGCGGAGGACCUUGGAGGUGGUUUUGAACCAUCUCAAAAUGCUGGAGUGUUUUCGCGCUAAUCAGAAGUUUAACAUGCAUUUGUAACGAAAAAA